AUGGAAACAGCAACUAACUAUGACUCUUGGCCCAGACAACGUCCUAGGCGUAGGGUAGAUCGGAGCAAGAGGGAACGCCUAGACGACGUUUUUCUUCCUGGGCUGCUCUGGCGAGCGAUCCCAGUUCGCGGCAGAGAACAAGACAGCAAGCGAGCGUACCUUUGUUCGCUUCUUCUCCACCAAGCACGGAAGUUUAAGGAUAACUGUAGGAAAGCCUCUGUUGAAUCUAUCUCUUUCCGUUCGCUGGGAAUAGAUGUCAUGAAGUAUCAGCUGUUAGGUCGAAGCACUCUUGUCUGUGUGAAGCAUGUGAUGUCUUUCUCUAGCCGGUAUGUCCCAACCGGGCUGGAUCACUACCGAGGUGUUGUUAUAGCAGUGCCAUCUAUCAGUUCAUGUGGUAGGAAAAGCAUCCCUUCGUUCUUGGUUCCUUGUAGAGAGCGUUGGUCAAGCGGAGGAACCCGUCUACGACUACGCCCGAGGAACGCCAAUUACUCGACUAAAAGGUCAAAGAACCUCGGAAAACCAACUAUUGAAUGA